CUGCUGACAGACAGUGUCGGUGUGUGCAGACACAGACAUGGCUGCUCUCAGUAAACUACCGCACAACUGCUACGAGAUCGGUCACACUUGGAGCCCGUCGUGUGUGCACUCUGCUGCGGAUGUAACCCGGAGUGCUCUGGAGGUGUCCUUCAAAAUAUACGCCCCUCUGUACCUGAUAGCAGCAGUUCUAAGGAGAAGGAAGAAGGAUUACUACAUAAAGAAGCUUCUCCCUGAGAUCCUGUGGUCUACCUCGUUCCUCACUGCCAAUGGAGGUCUCUACAUUGUUUUCUUCUGCAUUCUCAGGAAACUGUUGGGAGGUUUCUACUCUUGGUCCGCUGGGUUUGGCUCAGCACUGCCUGCCUCCUAUAUUGCUAUCCUCCUGGAACGCAAGAGCAGGAGAGGGCUGCUGACAAUAUACAUGGCAAAUCUUGCCACUGAGACUCUGUUCCGCAUGGCAGUGACUCGAGGUAUCGUCAAACCCAUCAAACAUGGCGAGGUGCUCUUGUUCAGCAUAACCGCAUCGCUCUAUAUGUUCUUCUUGAGGAGUAAAGAUGGUCUCAAAGGCUUUGCAUUCUCUGCAUUAAAGUUUGUCAUUGGAAAAGAAGAGAUUCCAACUCACUCUGUCACAGCAGACCACGUCUCCAUGAGGCCUCUUGAGAGGACAGCUGCAGCUAUAGAGGCCGAGGAUUCACAGGCGUCAGCAGAAAGGCCCAGGUCUAGGAGGAAAACUCUGGUAGCCUACGCCAGGGAACUACUGGAAUCAAUAUGCAAACGGGGUCCAAGACACAGAUGUUGUAAACACUACCAAGACAACUGCAUUUCCUACUGUAUUAAAGGUUUUGUCAGGAUGUUCAGUGUUGGCUAUCUGAUUCAGUGUUGUCUUAAAGUGCCCUCAGCAUUCAGACAAAUGUUCUCUAAACCCUCACGGGUCCCUGCCCUCUUCUACAACAAAGAGAACUUCCAGCUUGGCGCCUUCCUCGGCUCUUUCGUCAGUAUCUAUAAGGGAACAAGCUGCUUGUUGCGCUGGGUGCGUAACAUUGACGAUGAACUCCAUGCACUGAUAGCUGGCUUCCUGGCUGGUGUCUCCAUGUUCUUCUACAAAAGCACAACAAUAUCCAUGUAUCUCUUCUCGAAGCUGGUGGAGACCAUGUACUUCAAGGGCAUUGAGGCCGGACAGUUCCCUUACUUUCCUCAUGCGGACACAGUCAUAUAUGCCGUCUCCACUGCCAUCUGUUUCCAAGCUGCAGUGAUGGAAGUGCAGAACCUCAGGCCUUCAUACUGGAAGUUCCUGCUGCGUUUAACUAAGGGCAGGUUUGCCCUGAUGAACCGACACUUGCUAGAUGUGUUUGGGACUCAGGCUUCCAGGGACUUUAAAGGCUUUGUGCCCAAACUGGACCCUCGUUACACCACGGUGCCCAGCCAAGCACUGCUUCUACCGGGAGGUGAGAUCCAGCUCGGAUGACUUGGGACCAGGCUCUUGGAAGGGCUUUAAAGUUACCUCAACAGGAACUUGGACAGCCUGGCUGUUCUCACUGAGUAACUUGAGAAUUUUUGCAGGUUUUAUAGAAGUGCGUAGAAGUGGUGUUGUUGUGUUACGAGGCAGGAUGUGCUUUGGAUGAUGAUAAAGCCUAAUAUCUGUUCAAAGCAUGGGUGUCAAGAGUGUAAAUUUUGGAGUUGCACAAUCACACCUAAUCACGACGAGUGAACUCUUACAGGUAACUUGUAAAACGGAUGGGUAUAAUUUUAUUCAAAUUUUAAAUUAUUUUAAUCAUAGUUUUGUUAAAAUGGACAAUUAAUUCGAUUGAAUGUUUUUUAAGUCCUAAUGCAAAUUUAUAUUAGUACAAAACAAACUCUAAAAAUGUGAGCCCUCUGAAUAAACAACAUAAUUUUAAAAAAUAUAUAUUUUGUCAAAUUGUCAGUGGCUGGCUGUAUGGUAGCCACUGGGUCAAUUCAUUCAGUAACAAAAAGCAAUAACAACAAAAAUAACACUUCUUGAAAAUAAAUUCUGAUUUGGCUGAGGAUACGACCACAUUCGUUUUGUCCUCAAAUCAUAAUGUUUGCAGAAAUUACAAGUUACCUGUCAGUUUGUUCUGACUGGACCCAUUUGUGUUCUUUCAAUGGUUGCAUUCACAUCAGAGGGUGAAACUCACUAAUCUUUUUGGAAUACAAACAGUAAUAUCUGAUUUCUGACUGUGAUUUAGGAGUGUAAGAUUAUUACUCCCUAAUUUUUUUCUGAAUGUGUAUUUUUCUAAGUCAGUGGGUGCAACAGAUGGUAUAUAUAAUUAUGUAGCCUUAUGAAAAUUUGUUCUCUGUAGUAGCAUUGGGAGAAGUAUUCACAUUAUGUUUUAUGAUAUAAAAUAUCAAGGUGAAAUCACCAUUUUAGCCAAAUAUUUAAUUAAAAUUGGUUUUUAAAUUCAGUUGAGCAUUUUUGCCCCUAAAUCUCUAGCUUCACUUGCACUACUUGAUUUAUCCACACUAGACAGUAUUUGUGUCAGUGAAAUCAUUCAAAUAUAUGUGUUCUUCAUGGGAUAUAAGGACAAUGCAAUUUUGGACGUUAUUUGUGAACAAGAAGAUCUGGUAUCUGACUAUAAUUUACUAUAAACAGGCAAUUCACCUUGAAAACACAGAAUUUGACGGUAAACCAGAGUGAGACCAUUUUCUUCAUCAGUGCAAAACAAACCGAGUUAUUAGGUGGAGUCAUUUAAAGUGGGGGAAUCAACAUACUACACGCAGAGCGCUAACGUCAUUACUUUAAAACCCGCCUGAACAAUUUGCAGAUCGUCAGAAGUCACAUUUCUCCUCCAGGACAGGUUGGUCUUUUACAAAUGCAUUUGACGUUAAUGUCAUGUAAACCUCAUGCAGUUAUACGUUGCAGUCUGAAGAAAUGACAAGCCACGGGAGGGAACAGUUUUUCCAUACUGUGUGCACAUGUGUGGAUUCUACUAAUGGCCUGUUUGACUGAAUGCAAUGAAACCCUUUAUUUUAGUUUCAGGUUGAAAUGGUUUGGUUACAUGAAUGUACAGCCACAAGCAGAUCCAAACACGGUUUAUAUUGAAUACCUCGUUGUCUCACCUAAACUCUUGAGAUAUACAAAAUGAUGUUUGCUGUUGGCACUUUAACUAGCACUUACUGGGAAUUUGUAGGUGAACCUUAUCACUUCAGAUCCACCCUGAUCCAAUCAAUAUUCAAUUCAGUGACACGUUUGCUCGCAGCUACUGUGUUCUGUGAUUAGAACGCACAGAGCUCAAUCUGCUUGUGGUUUGGAUCUUUGUCGGUGAAGAGAUAAGGAUGUCUGCCAAAAAGCUGACUUGUGUUUUAAGUCUUCUGUGUUUCCUGAGAUGUGUGAAUUACAUUUAUUACAUAUUUGACUCACAGGUAAAUAUCCACAGUGGUUUUGCAGAUAAUGGAGACGGAGGCUACUUCAGUGCUUCAUUGAAAAUUUCACUACACAACGCAAAUUACACCGAUGCAUUGUCUUUUUUUUUCAUUUCAUCUUUUUUCAUUCAUGACAACUUCAUUCAAGAUGUACAAUAAUUACAUAUUGAUACAUACUUCAUGAGCUGCAGUUGUUUUUCUUUUUUUACUUUCGAAUUCAGUCCUUCAACCCAGCUUUAGACACACCUGACCUCCAUAACAGAAGCCAUGAUUGUGAAAAAUGCAGUGCAAAAAUUUGUGUUGAAAGGAAAAGUGUCUAAAAAAAAAAAUCACGACAUAGUCACUAAAUCUAUCAUAUAGAAUUAUAAUGUAACUGUUUGAAAUGUUUUUGAUUCUUGUAAAAAGGGUGUACAUUAAAAUGUUUUUGAAUCCAAA